AUGGUGUCAUUCGAGGACGUGGCUGUGAGCUUCACCUGGGAGGAGUGGCAGGACCUGGACGAUGCCCAGAGGACCCUGUACCGGGAUGUGAUGCUGGAGACCUACAGGAGCCUGGUUUCCGUGGGAGAGAGACGCUAUAAAUGUAAAGAAUGUCAGAAAACCUUCUUGUGGCACUCAUCCCUCAGGCUACAUGAGCAAAAACAUACAGGAGAGGGAGGCCAUGAAUGUAGUGAAUGCGGGAAAACCUUUUCACAGAAGUCAACUCUGAAGAGACAUGAGAGCAUUCACACAGGAGAGAAACUCUAUGAAUGUAAAGAAUGUCAGAAAACCUUCUUGUCACAGUCAUACCUCAAGAUACAUGAGCAAAUACACACAGGAGAGAGACGCUAUGAAUGUAGUGAAUGCGGGAAAAAAUUUUCACAGAAGUCAACUCUGAAGGUACAUAAGAACAUUCACACAAGACAGAAACGCUAUGAAUGUAAAGAAUGUAGGAAAACCUUCUUGUCACAGUCAUACCUCAAAAUACAUGAGCGAAUUCACACAGGAGAGAGAUGCUAUAAGUGUAGUGAAUGUGGGAAAACCUUUGCACGGAAGUCAAUUCUGACGGUACAUGAGAACAUUCACACAAGACACAAAAAGUAUGAAUGUAAAGAAUGUAGGAAAACCUUCUUGGCACAUUCAAACCUCAAGAUGCAUGAGCGAAUUCACACAGGAGAGAGAUGCUAUAAAUGUAGUGAAUGCGGGAAAACCUUUUCACGGAAGUCAGCUCUGAAGGUACAUGAGAACAUUCACACAAGACAGAAACGCUAUGAAUGUAAAGAAUGUAGGAAAACCUUCUUGGCACCGUCAAACCUCAAGGUGCAUGAGCGAAUUCACACAGGAGAGAAACGCUAUGAAUGUAAAGAAUGUCAGAAAACCUUCUUGUGGCAGGAGGUCAAGUCUGAGCGCUACCAUGUGACCCACCUGAGGCCUGGGCCCACGCUGACCAGGGAGUGA